AAAGCCAACAAUGACAUUGAAGGCAACGCUAAAGAUGUUGCCCAACAAGAAACCAUCAAUUUACCGACCAUUACAGCUUCCAUCAUUCGUCCUUAUGAUAUUUCUCAUUCAACACCAACAACGACUUCCGUCAGCAAUUCUUCAACAGUUAAUGAUGUCAGAGAUAACGAUAAAUUUUUUGGUGAAAGGGAUUUUCGGAUGCGCGAAGAUUUUGCAACUUUUCAAAACAAUUUUGCGAAUCUAGAUUACUUUGCAAAUGAUUGCCUUUCGACACACAACGAGCUGCGUGCAAAACAUGGGGCUCCACAAUUGAAAUGGUCACGUGAACUGGCCAAGGAUGCAAGGAACUGGGCCGAAUAUCUGGCGUCCACAAAUAAAAUGGAGCAUGACGCCAAGAUAUAUGGCAAAAAACAUGAAGGUGAAAGCAUUGCCUGGCUUAUUCCGGCCAAGCCGAAAUGUUCACAAGCAGAUGAAAAAAACUGUUUCAAGUGCAGUGAAAUAAUCAAGAAAUGGUACAAGGAGGUGGACAAUUAUGAUUUUACAUUGGGAGCAUCAAAACAUGGAUCAACUGAGCAUU